UUCCCGGCACCGCCCCGGCCCUUCCUGCCCCCGCCGGAAGCGGCCGCAGCGCCCGGGAUGCCGGAGGCCGCCGGAGGUGUCGCCAGGGCGGGCGGGAGCGGUAGCGGCGCGUAGGGCUGGGCUCGCCGCCAUGCCCAAGUACUACGAGGACAAGGAGGAGGACGAGCGCGCCUGCAGCGGCGUGCGGGAGGACCUGCGGCAGUGCCUGCUGGAGAGCCCCUGCGUGCUGCAGGAAAACAAAAGCCCUAAACAAUGCUUGAGGGAAGGACACUGUAGGAGUUUGCAAGUGACAUUCUUUGCAUGCAAAAGAUCAAUGUUGGAUACCAGGGCAAGAUUCAGAGGAAGGAAGGGAUACUGAAGUCUUCAUCAAGAGACCUAGCCAUGGGAAUUCAGGGUUCAUCAGCACUUUACAAAAAACAGAGACUAAAGUAAGAAGAUUGUACCUGCUAUAUCCUUUCAUGCAGUGUUUUCGUGGAAGGUACCUGCUCCUGAGUAUUCUGAUAGAUUGACCUGGAUGUGCAUUUAAAUGUUAAAAAGAAGACAAGCCUAAAGCUGCAGGUUCUGACCAAAAUGGGUACUUGUCAUGUACUUGAAAUAAAAUAUGUGAAAUCCAGAAUAAGCUGCAGAAUUUAUCAUUCUGUUUUGAAGUGAAGUUGUCUUCUGUGACCUUACUGUGAAUUCCGGUCAUGUUUUGCUAUUACAAUAAUAGAAGGUAUGGAACUGGGAGUUCACUUGAUGUGUUGAGGAAGAGUUUUCUUAGCAGACUGGUAUCCCAGAGGAUACCUCAGGAUAGAACUGUUUUCAGAGAUGAGGAGUUGACCAAGGUUGUAAAAUGUGUGUGCAAGUUGCUUCCUCUCCAGUAGGUUUGUGCCCAUUAAAUCUGCACUAAUAGAUGGGAGUGGUGAUGUUUUUCAUUCUCACAUUGGUAAGGAAGUAGGAUUUGUGGGGGUAACAGUUCUUAAACUGUGACAGUGGUCAAUAUUAACUGGUUCUGAUUAAGAACUUUUUUCCCAAAGGAAUUUUUUUUUUCUUCUUUCAGUAUCUCUGUGUCAUUCCCUGCCUUUUAGAAGCCUUUAAGAAAUAAAUAGUAGUGUAACUCUUACAAGUGGCAACUCAAAUAACUUCAGAUAAGGUGAUUAGAAACAAGAUUGGGAGAUAGUGAGAGAGGAGAGUCAUAGUAACUUCUUGGCUGAAGCUUAUAGCCAAGUGUCUGAUUUACAUUUAGUCUGAACAGAUGCAUGCAACACUUAACUGUUUGUAAAAGUGAUGACUUCAGUGAAUGAGUGCAUGUUGAUUAUUUAAUUCUGUCUUAAGCAACUGUUCUGUGAUCAAAGACUGUUUAUAUUCCUUGUAUGUGUAGGACUUUAUUUUUGCAAUUAUAAAUCAACAUUGAUUUCACAUUUUCGUGUUCUGUUGAUUAUAUGGAAGCUAGUUCAUUUGUUCAAGUGCUGUAAACAUCCUUUGUUUUCCACCGCCUAGUUACCAUAUCCUCUCUUUACAUACACAAAAAUUAUAAAAUGAUGUCUAUUAAGAGUGUUCUUAACUUAGCACUCUAAUUUCAAAGUAUUACUCGCAAGCCUUCUCAAAGGGAGCAAAAAUAAAUAAAAAGCCACAUGGCAGGUAUUUAAAUGUCAGUUAGAGAGAAGAGUCAGACUAGUAUGUGGUUUUGGUAAUCACGGACUCUUCCAUGGUCUGCUCUGCUGCAGCAGCCUGUAGGCUUGAUGGUUCAGGUGAUCUAUGUUCCUUUCUCGGCCAUAAUCACCAAGCCUCACCUCAUGGUGCUGCAGGAACCACUUUUGGAAAGGAGCAGACAGAUAACAGAUCAUAGAGAGACAGCUAGUUAGAGUUAUUUUUAGUAAUUGGCUUCAAUCCAGUGGAGAUCGAGUGUUAAAUUCAGUGUUUGCUAUUGGACAUUUAAGGAUUUAAUAAUUAACAGAAUAUUUGUAUUAUUCAAUCCACUAGAAUGUUACUGUAAAAACUUCCUAGUGGUUCACUAACUACCUAGGACAGUAUAAAAAUACCUAUAAUAUGUAUCAAAAUACUGAUUUGCUCAAGAGACUAUCACUGUUCAAUUCCAGUGUUGGGUAAAAUCAUAUUCUGUUUAAAAAUGACUACCUAUGUAAUUGUCUUGGGACUUUGACCACUGUUCUACUCGAGAGAUAUUAAUGUUUUUUGUGGGAAAAAUAAUAAUUUGUUUUAUUAAUGGAAAGCUGUAGGUACUAUAGAUUUGAUUCUAGCUUUUUUCCUAAUACAGUAAAUGUUUUUAUUUAAAUAUAUUGAUAUUUUUGUCUCAUGCCUUGUGGUACACUACUAAAAAAAGUGCAUAUUUCUAUGCUGUGGUAGAUUUUGCAAGAUGGAAGAUGCAAUGUGUCUGAAUCCGUGAAAUUGGAUUGCUAUGGACAAAUAGUUGACAUGGCUCCAAAAGGCUGGGUUUAGAAUCAGAAAUAUAUGUGGUGCUAAUAAUUCGUAUUGAAUAAAUACAGGACACAGUUUGCAAAGAA